GAUACACUCACAAUUUUUAUGGUACAAAAAUUUCAUAGUGCGUAUACGCACUAAAUCGUAUAGAUUAUUGGUGACGCGUUCAUUUUAUUCUUGCAUAGUGUAAAUGUCUUUGCGUUUUCCAAAAUUUAUAAGGUGAAUAUGCUGGAAUCAUAUUAACCUUUGUAGAAGUGUGUAACAGAGACCUACACAUCUAUAUAUAUUAUUCAAUAGAAAAGCGAAGUAUUGAAAGUUGUAGAUUUUUGUUUUAAUUAAUGACAAAUAAAGAAGCAGUAAAAUAAUUAUUACUUUGGAAUGUGCAACCUCUCAUCUACAUACUAAAUCGACAGAAAUCGAAAGUUUUUCUUUUGCAAGAAAUACUUGAAUUAAUACAAACCUAUUCAAAGGAAGACCACCAUUGUUUUCAAUUGUGUUCAAGUUGAAUUAGUGGAUGUUGCUCGAAAAUAGCUUCGAUUACUAUCACACCUAUCAAGAAGAAUAAACUAUAUCGUUACAAUUUCUACGAAACGAAAGCUGUUUGUGUCAAAAACGUCUUCGGAGAAGCUAUUUUACAGAUUCUAAAGGCUGUCUAAUACAUGUAACAAGAGAGGUUCGAAAUCAAGAUUUUUCUAUCAUAACCGACUUUUUGAAUAAGAGUAGAAUCUGCUCUGUAAAGAUGACACUCCCAAGUGCUGCCCGAGUAUAUACAGAUGUGAACGCACACAAACCAGACGAAUAUUGGGAUUAUGAGAAUUAUGUAGUUGACUGGGCUAACCAGGAUGAUUACCAGCUGGUUCGAAAGUUAGGUCGUGGCAAAUACUCGGAAGUAUUUGAAGCUAUAAAUAUUACAACAACGGAGAAGUGUGUGGUAAAAAUCCUCAAACCAGUGAAGAAGAAGAAAAUUAAGCGUGAAAUCAAAAUUUUAGAAAACUUGCGAGGUGGAACUAAUAUAAUUACCCUACUAGCGGUUGUAAAAGAUCCCGUUUCAAGGACACCCGCUUUGAUAUUUGAGCACGUCAAUAACACCGAUUUUAAACAAUUAUAUCAAACUUUAACGGACUAUGAGAUCCGUUACUACUUAUUUGAAUUAUUAAAGGCUCUGGACUAUUGCCAUAGUAUGGGUAUUAUGCAUAGGGAUGUAAAACCUCAUAACGUUAUGAUUGAUCACGAAAAUCGGAAAUUGCGCUUGAUUGAUUGGGGUUUGGCAGAAUUUUAUCAUCCAGGCCAGGAGUACAAUGUUCGCGUUGCAUCUCGAUAUUUCAAAGGGCCGGAGUUGCUUGUUGACUACCAAAUGUAUGAUUACUCUUUAGACAUGUGGUCCUUGGGCUGUAUGCUAGCUUCAAUGAUUUUUCGUAAAGAACCUUUCUUUCAUGGACAUGAUAACUAUGACCAACUCGUCCGUAUUGCUAAAGUUCUUGGCACUGAAGAAUUGUAUGCAUAUUUAGAUAAAUACAACAUUGAGCUAGAUCCUCGUUUCCAUGACAUUUUGCAACGGCACUCUCGAAAGAGAUGGGAAAGAUUUGUCCACUCGGAUAAUCAACAUCUAGUUUCACCAGAGGCUCUAGAUUUUCUUGACAAGCUUUUGCGUUAUGAUCAUGUCGAAAGGUUGACUGCACGUGAAGCAAUGGCUCAUCCCUACUUUUUACCGAUUGUGAAUGGGCAAAUAAAAUCUACCAAUCAGCAAUAAAAUUAAACACAACUGUAAACAUCGGAGUGUAAUACGUUGUCCGAAUGAAGGUUAAAAGUAACUAUGGGUGAACAACGUUAUUAAUACCAUAAAAUUAGAUUAGAAUGAAUCGACUCCAUAACAGAUGAGGAAUCUAAAACAUUUUAAUAAACCAUGAAAUUAUUCAUAACUUAUUUAAUAAAAAAUAAUAAAAUAUAACAAA